GGGUUUUUUAACAACCGUGCAAUCCCAUCCCCAUCUCUCUCUGUCCUGCGACUCCUCGCCGCCGCAGCCACAUACGCCAGCCGUCUCGCCUCGCUCCAGCGACUCCUGCCACCGCCAGGCAUGCUCCGGAGCUUUGCCUCCCUCCGCUACAUUCUCCCCUCCUGCUGGAUUCAACGCUCGUGCCCACCAGCAGCCCUCCCCCGCGGCUAGGGUUUCAGGCGCGGUGGCGCCUCUCACUCUGGCGGUGAGGGAGCGGCGGCGGCGGGAGGAGGAGGAGGUGCGGUGCCAGAUGUUCGGAGGAAGGGCGAAGUUCCAUGCGACGGUGGCCGCGGCCGCGCUGGGCCAGCAGCAGCACCAGGCGGCGGAGUACAGGGAGCUCGGGGCCUGCUCAAGGGGAGCCUCGCCCACGGCAGCGAUGGCACCAACCCACCCCGCACACUCAGGAGGGAGUAGGUUGAUACCUCACUGUCUGCUACAACCAAGAGAUUUGAAGAGUUGCAAAAGGUACGGUGACCAAGCAAGAGAGAUAACACAAGACUACAUCAACGCCACCAGAAAUGCUCUUCAACCACCAAAAACGCUCUUCAAGCAGGAGAGAUAACAAAGUACUACCACAGUCUGGUGGGUGUUGUGCUCUUCAACCACUUGGAGGUGGACUUUGCCGUGAAGCCCGAAGACUACGCGACUCAGAUGAUCGUCCAGGUGAUUGCGACGCCGGAGGUCGUCGGGGUGGAGGACCUCAACGCCACCGUCCGGGGGGAGGGCGGGUUCGGGUCCACCUGAGUUUGAACGCCGAGGCUUGGUAGGUACGUGUAGAGAAGUGGUUUGGUUGUUUGCGUCUGAUGUUAAAUGGGUUCUCAUGAUCUUUUCGAGUUUAGAUGUUCAAUGUUGCAUCCAUGAACACUGCAAGUGCUAAGAUGGUUAUGUGACCUUUGCACUAGACGUGUCUUGAUUUCCAUCCAUGAAUAUUGCAUGUAAUUUUCAUUUUUUUAAUUUCUAAUUAGUUA